AUGAGAGGUGUUGACCCACCUCCAAGCCCCUCUCUGAUACUGCAGGUGUUUUCUUCGAAGUUCUCACUUAUUGCUGAGUGGCUCCUGCCUUAUCUGCCUCCCCCUUAUGCUUGCUCCUGCCUCCUCUCCUGCCUCCAUUUUUGUCCCCCAUUCUCUCAUCACCUACCCUCUGAAACUGCUUGCGGGCUCCUCUCCUAUCUGCUUCACUUCUCUCUUUUCAUUUCCUCUCUCUUGUCCGUCCCCCCCUCUCUUUUUGCUUCCCACUCUCCUUACCACCUCCUCCCUCUUUUCUACAUCUCUUUUCCACCCCCCUGCUCUCUUUUUCUCUCCCCCCCUCUCGCGCUUCCCCCCUGUAUUUCGCUCCCCCUUUUUUUUCCGCUUUCCCCCUCUUUUCUGCUCCCCCCCUCUUCUUUCCGCAUCCCCCCUCUCUUUUCCGCAUCCCCCCUCUCUUUUUCGCAUCCCCCCUCUCUUUUCCGCAUCCCCCCUCUCUUUUCCGCAUCCCCCCUCUCUUUUCCACAUCCCCCCUCUCUUUUCCGCAUCAACCCUCUCUUUUCCGCAUCCCCGCUCUCUUUCCCGCAUCCCCCCUCUCCUUUCGCAUCCCCCUGUGUGCAUGCUUCUGCCUCCUCUCCUGCCUCCACCUUUCCUUGUUUCCCCUCCCCCUCGACUCCAAAGCAUCCUCAAAAGCAAGAACUUUCAAAUGAUGAGGGAGUAAGAGAGGGAGGGGGAGGAGGAGGGGGGGGAGGAGGAGGAGGAGGAGGAGGAGGAGGAGUAGGAGGAGGAGGAGGAGGAGGAGGAGGACGAGGGAAGGAGGGAGAGUGA